AAAUUGGUUUGAACAUUAGCCCUUCCUCAGGAUAAUCCUACCCUCGUGGGUGAGCACUAACAAAUGGGUAGAGAGGGGCCUAGCCAAUGCACGCGCUGGAGUUGCAGCCUGGAUAUUUGCAGUUCAACUGCUAAAGCGUCUUUGGUAUAAACAUGACAGUGAGGGGGCUACAAAAGUGACUUUUCAUAGUCCAUUCCUCUCCUUUUCCGUCUCCCCGAGGUUUCCUGUGGGUCUCUUCCCAUUCUCUCGCUGCAGACCCUUCCAUAUAGCCCAAAACCUCCACAGACCUUGUCCCCCUUCCCUAAAAUCUCACAUUCACCCCCAUCCUCCCCAACCAAAGUCCCCUCCCAGUCACCACCAAAGCCCGGAGAAGUGGAACGCACACAAUGCCUCCCUUAUAGGGCUUGAGCUGAGAACUGGGCAUGCUCAGUAGCCGGAGCAGUUUUUUUUUUUUUUCAUCUUUUGGUCUCAAGUGCGGCAUCUCUCCCAGUCCCACACCUCUCUAGUCUCUAUCCCUUUCCCCUCUCCCCACCCCCAGCUCUUUAAUCACCCUCCUUAACCCGUUCUACACCAAAGACUCGCAGAGUUCUGAGGUGCGGAGAAUUAACCCGUCUCCUCCUACACCCGUGCACUAGUCCACUUUGAGCUAAAGCUUCACACUUUUGCCUUAAAGCCCCCAGCCCCUUCCGCGCAGACAGGUAGAGGGAGUGCGACUACUACCGGAGCCCAGGAAACUGGCCCAAGAAGGCUUCAUCCAGGAUCGCCCACUACUGAAGAAGUAUUCCCGGAGCCCUCUGUUCUGCGGGGUGACAAUUAGCCAAAGAUUAUUUCUCUUUAUUCAGAAGCAUUAAGUUGUUUGCUGAUUGCAAGAAGAUGUUGCUUUGGCUCUUUCUGAUUUUGUCAGCCCUGAUUUCUUCAACAAAUGCAGAUUCUGACAUAUCGGUGGAAAUUUGCAAUGUGUGCUCCUGCGUGUCAGUUGAGAAUGUGCUCUAUGUCAACUGUGAGAAGGUUUCAGUCUACAGACCAAAUCAACUGAAACCGCCUUGGUCUAAUUUUUAUCACCUCAAUUUCCAAAACAAUUUUCUAAAUAUCCUCUAUCCAAAUACGUUCCUGAAUUUUUCACAUGCAGUAUCCCUGCAGCUGGGAAAUAAUAAACUGCAGAACAUUGAGGGAGGAGCCUUUCUUGGGCUCAGUGCAUUAAAGCAGUUGCACUUGAACAACAAUGAAUUAAAGAUUCUCCGAGCUGACACUUUCCUUGGCAUAGAGAACUUGGAGUAUCUCCAGGCUGACUACAAUUUAAUCAAGUAUAUUGAACGAGGAGCCUUCAAUAAGCUCCACAAACUGAAAGUUCUCAUUCUUAAUGACAAUCUGAUUUCAUUCCUUCCUGAUAAUAUUUUCCGAUUUGCUUCUUUGACCCAUCUGGAUAUACGAGGAAAUAGAAUCCAGAAGCUCCCCUAUAUCGGGGUUCUGGAACAUAUAGGCCGUGUCGUCGAAUUGCAACUGGAAGAUAACCCUUGGAACUGUAGCUGUGAUUUGUUGCCUUUAAAAGCUUGGCUGGAGAAUAUGCCAUAUAACAUUUACAUAGGAGAAGCUAUCUGUGAAACUCCUAGUGACUUAUAUGGAAGGCUUUUAAAAGAAACCAACAAACAAGAAUUAUGCCCCAUGGGCACAGGUAGUGAUUUUGAUGUGCGAAUCCUGCCUCCGUCUCAGCUGGAAAAUGGCUACACCACUCCCAAUGGUCACACUACCCAAACGUCCUUGCACAGAUUAGUGACCAAGCCACCGAAAACAACAAAUCCUUCCAAGAUCUCUGGAAUUGUGGCAGGCAAAGCCCUCUCCAACCGCAAUCUCAGUCAGAUUGUGUUUUACCAAACGAGGGUGCCUCCCCUUACCCCUUGCCCAGCGCCUUGCUUCUGCAAAACACAUCCUUCGGAUCUUGGACUGAGUGUCAACUGCCAAGAGAAAAACAUACAGUCCAUGUCUGAACUGAUACCAAAACCUUUCAAUGCCAAGAAGUUGCAUGUCAAUGGCAAUGGCAUCAAAGAUGUGGACAUCUCCGACUUCACUGAGUUUGAAGGACUGGAUUUGCUCCAUUUAGGCAGCAAUCAGAUUACAGUGAUCAAGGGAGACGUAUUCCACAAUCUCACUAAUUUACGCAGGCUCUAUCUCAAUGGUAAUCAGAUCGAAAGACUCUAUCCCGAAGUAUUUUCAGGCCUUCAUAAUCUGCAAUAUCUGUAUUUGGAAUACAAUUUGAUUAAGGAAAUCUUAGCGGGCACCUUUGACUCCAUGCCAAAUUUGCAGUUACUGUAUUUAAACAAUAAUCUCUUAAAGAGCCUGCCCGUUUACAUUUUUUCUGGAGCACCCCUUGCUAGAUUGAACCUGAGGAACAACAAAUUCAUGUACCUACCUGUCAGUGGGGUCCUUGACCAGCUGCAGUCUCUUACACAGAUUGACUUGGAGGGCAACCCAUGGGACUGCACUUGCGACUUGGUGGCAUUGAAGCUCUGGCUGGAGAAGCUGAAUGAAGGGAUUGUUGUGAAAGAACUAAAAUGUGAGACACCUGUGCAGUUUGCCAACAUUGAACUGAAGUCCCUCAAGAAUGAAAUCUUAUGUCCCAAACUCUUAAACAAGCCAUCUUCGCCACUCACGAGCCCUGCGCCUGCCAUCACGUUCACCACCCCGCUGGGUCCCAUUCGAAGCCCUCCUGGUGGCCCAGUGCCCCUGUCUAUUCUAAUCUUAAGUAUCUUAGUGGUCCUCAUUUUAACUGUGUUUGUUGCUUUUUGCCUUCUUGUCUUUGUACUGCGACGAAACAAGAAACCCGCAGUGAAGCACGAAGGCCUCGGGAAUCCUGAGUGCGGCUCCAUGCAGCUGCAGCUGAGGAAGCAUGACCACAAAACCAAUAAAAAAGAAGGACUGAGCACAGAAGCUUUCGUUCCGCAAACCAUAGAACAGAUGAGCAAAAGCCACACCUGUGGCUUGAAAGAGUCCGAAACUGGGUUCAUGUUUUCAGAUCCUCCGGGACAGAAGGUCAUUAUGAGAAAUGUUUCCGACAAGGAGAAAGAUUUAUUGCACGUGGAUACCAGGAAGAGACUGAGCACAAUUGAUGAGCUGGAUGAAUUAUUCCCAAGCAGGGAUUCCAAUGUGUUUAUUCAGAAUUUUCUUGAAAGCAAAAAGGAGUACAAUAGCAUAGGUGUCAGUGGCUUUGAGAUCCGCUAUCCAGAAAAACAACAAGACAAAAAAAACAAGAAGUCACUGAUAGGCGGCAACCACAGUAAAAUUGUUGUGGAGCAAAGGAAGAGCAGCGAGUAUUUUGAACUGAAGGCAAAACUCCAGAGUUCCCCUGACUACCUACAGGUCCUUGAGGAGCAGACAGCUUUGAACAAGAUCUAGGUCAUGCAAUCUUACUUCAUACAGAGGACAUUUAUUUAAUGAUGAAAGUGCCUUUUGUUGACUUCUAACUUCCAAAUACUAUAUUAUCAAUAGGCAUAGAGGCAGGUGUUUCCAAGGGAGUCUCAUUAACUGUAGCUGCAAAGAUGUGUCCAGUAGAAGAGAAUUUCCUUAAUAGAUUUUACUACAUAAAACCUAUACUGUGGAGUCCUGUGGGGAUACUGCAAACUCUAUUGCCAAAGGGAUGCUCUAUAUACAUAAUACACUGAAUUUAACCUCAAGAGGCAAAUCUGUUUUGUACCCCAAUGCAAAACCUUCGUCUCUUUGUGCUUUGUAAAGCAAACUCAAGAAAACUGGUACCAGUGUCUGUACCUCAGCUGGGUCCUUCAUCUUGCACGUAGAUUAACUAUUGGUGGAACUGGACUAAUCCUUUUGAUUUGUGGCAUUGUAACAACUCUGUGUAAAGAUUAUCUGAAAAGUAAACAAAACAAAACAAAAAAAAAAACCAAGCAUGCAAAGAGAGAACAUUGGAUAGUAUUUGUAAAUUGGUAACCUUUAUGGCCUGCAUCUUGAAACCGCUGGAUUUAUAAUGUUAAAUUGUGCAAAUAUUUGUUUAAAAUAUACCAUGCAUUACAUUACUAUAAAAUAAAUUUGAACACUUUAAGCAUUACCUGUCUAUACAUAAAACCUAAAAGAGAAAAAAAAAUUAACAUGAGUUACAUAGCAUUUGUGGUGAUCUGAAGAAAUACGUGAUGUUUAUCAGAAUUAAACAUGGCUCAAAUUAAACUAACAUUAGAGUUUGUUCUCAGUUAUGUGAAAUACCCACAAUCCUUAAAGGUUGUCCAAAAUUAGCAAAGUGCUUACCGUGUGAGCGCACCCAAAGCUAUUUUUGUAACAUAAUUCAUAUUUAUGAAGUACUUUGUAUACUCAAUAGGAAAAUAUGUACUCCUUAAUAUGUAUUUAAUAUGCCUGACUUGUUUUCCUGAUCACAGGGAAUUUAUCAAUAAGUAUAAAUUCAGACAGAAAAUAUAUACCAAACUGAAACUGAAGCUUCUGUGUACAGAAAUAUUCUGGACAUUGUGAUCAGGUAUAAUUUAAAAUCAAAACAAACAAAAAAACACAAAAAACAAAAAUCCAAAAAAAAAAAAACAGUUCUGUGCUAUUCUUGAGAAUUUAGCAUAUUACCUUCAGAUCUGUUACCAACUGUGCAUUUUAAAAUAGGUUCCUUAGUUUUAUAGUAUCUUGUCUGGGGCAGUUGUUAUUUGCCAUCAGUUGUCUUGCUUUUCCGGAUUCUAUGAGCUUCAUUCAAAUAGCUUUCACUACAAAUAUUUAAAAAACUAAUGAGUAAGGUUAGUAGUUCUGUCUUGUAUGCAUCAGUCUCCUGAUCUCUCAUCACUCUGACUACUCUCAGAUAAUCCAGUAGAACAGUAAACAUCCGGAUAAUCCCGCCUAUCACAGCCACACUGUAAAAUGCUUUCAUUGGUCUCAGAUGACUUCACAGUCUUGCAGCUACGAAUGAUGUGCCACUGUGUUUGCUUGUGCUAUUAACUUCUAAGUCAAAAGUGGUCCAAGGAAAGAAGUACUUGAUAAUGGGAGAUAUCUGACGUUUUUUAGGAGCUCCCAAUUAGCAGCGUGACAUCCCCAAAUUGCCUUCUUGGCCUGCCUGCAUAUACAUAACUUUUGUGCUCCAUCUGUUACCAUUCCUGUAUUAAUCAGUAAGAUAACCAAGAAGGUAAACAUAGACAUUCUUCAUGUAUUUCAAGUGGCAUAUGUUUUGGUGCAGCGUCCAAAAUGAUAUUAUAGUUAAAGUGGUAACAACAGUCCCUUUAUUAAUUACUGAUUUCAGGGCUUUAUAUGUUUGUUCCAAGAUAAAAAACAAACAACUUGGCAUUCUUGGAAGUGUGUAUGUGUAUGUGUGUGUGUGUGUGUGUGUAUGUAUACUUGGGUGUAUUUGCAUACAUAUAGAUAAUUUGGAGAUUUUUUUUAAAUAGCAAAAUUGUCUCCAUAUGUAUGUGCUGGUGCUCUUAAAACUUUAAUGUAUAAUUUUAAUUUUCUUGACAAUGUCUGUGAAAACUUUAUAUGAAUAUUAAAAAAAUACAAACAAAUACUUGCUUUCUGAUCUUGAAAGAAAAGAUAUGAAGAUGUGUGCCCAACAGCUUGUUUUCAUCUACAGUUUCAUAAGGACUUUUAAUAAGCAAUUACCAUGCUUGCAUGCAUCCAUGGAUUAAAGGGCUCCUAAUGCAUACUGACAGGAUAAAGACGCAAAGGCUUCAAAGAAAGUGUUUUAGUUUAUCCUGUCAAUAAAGUAUGGAUUGAGGAAUCUUAAAUAGACACUUAUGGGAGGACCAGAAAGCUCCAUCCAUAAUCGGGGGAUAAUAGUUCAUGGGGAUGAUGCCUUUUAUUCAGUGUGGUGAUGCUUUGAAGAUGUUUCAAGGUUUCUGCAGUUGUCAAUGGCUGGAGUACCCGCCACCAUCUCAAAGCUUGCUGUAGCAUAUUGGCUAUCUCAUACUCUUAUCAUGAAAGGUAUAAAUGUUUAACAUUUUUAAAAAAGUAAUUUAAAUAUAUGUGGUUAUUUGGAGGUUUUAAUUGUAAGUGAAUGACAGUAACAAAUCCUUGGUUAAGGCUGAUAUAUUUUCCUUAACUGAAGUCAUUGUGCCUACAUUAUACAGUGUAUACUUACACUAUUUUGCACCUGUCUCUCAUCAGUUCUACAUGUACAUUUUAUGAUAAUAUAGUUAGGCAUAAGUUUUGAGUUGAGAACAAGAGCAGUUAAAAUACUACAUUUUUAUUGGCUUCAACUGUAACCUUGAUGUUAGUUUAACCCCUUGAGAAAUGAGAUAUAUGCCAGUACAGCAUUUUUAGUAGUUUGAUUCGAAUCUAGAAAAUCCAAGAAGUGCUCAUUUCUAAUGUGGUCUGACACAUCAUGGGCUUCUUGGCAUUGUAUCAUGUGCUUGGACGCAGAGUGGUUGUAAAGAAAAUGAGAUCAAAUGAAAUCAGUGAAGGGGUUGAGAUAAUAUGUCCGUGUAAUAUAAAUCAAGUUUUAAAUUAUUUUUUUAUGAAAUCAAUAAAGAUGAUUCAAUUCUUUAAAAGUAAAUCUUUGUGUAAUUUUAUGAGAAAGCAGCUAUUAAAAUGCAGUGACUCAAGUCUAUAAGGCAAUUUAUAUUCUGUAUUUACUUUUCCAUUCUGAUUACUAAACUGAAUAAAUGUAUUAAUUAGAAAAUUAAGACCAGCUUUCUUUUGUUGCUUUUUAAAAACAUUUCAUUCUUUAAACCAUAAGGAUGCAUAAAGUAUACAGGGCAUGGCCUCAUGAGUAACAUCAACAGGUAUUGCAGAAAGAACACAUCUAGAAAUGUAUGGCAGUAAUAUUCUAUAGUACCUUUUGCAUGAUUUGUACAUUGACAUUGUAUGAAAUGAGCACAGUGAGUUUUUUUUGUUGUUGUUGUUGUUAUCGCAUCCAAAGAGCUGGGGAGAAAAUAUAUUAAGAAUGUAUUUAUAAUCACUAUUUUGAAAUAAAGUAAAGAAAAGACAUUGUAUUGUUUUUACCCUGAUUUGAUUAUUAGUAUUUUAGGUUAGUUUAUAAGACAAAAAUGAAAUAAUACUAUAAAAGCAGUUGUAAAUCACAGAAAGGAGUUGUUUUAGUGACUUCUGCUUGCUUUUAAUAACAUCAAAGUACUAGAGGAGAUUUAUUAAAUGCCAUUUUUAUGAAAGUAUUAAUAAAAUUGUUUGCUGCAAUGGUAUUUCUGAAGCCACAGUUUGUUAAAUAUAUGUACCUUUCCAUUAUUUUUCAGAAGAAAUAAAGCAGUAACCAAAUUGAUGUUUUCAUCUAGAUUUGAGGGUAAGAUAUAGAGCUUUGGAAUAUUGUUUGUAUUAAAGUUAAUUGCUAAAUCUACAUUAAGAGAUACUUUCUUUCCAAACAUCUUUGCAAUCUGUGUUCUUCUCCACUGGCAGCCUCUUUGGAGAACAGUCAGUGCCAAGAGCAACAUGCUUUGAUUCUUGCCUUUUCCCAUUAAUCUGUUGGAAUCUGACAUAACUGCAGAUAAGCAAAUAUUAAUAUUCAAUCUUAACUAUCUACUUAAAUCCUUUCAAGAGGACUUCAGAAUCUCUGUAAUCCAUGGCCAGCCUGACCAGUUACAGAUUAGUUACCCAUUUAUGGGGUAGCUUGUGAUUUUUAUUUGGUUCUUUCAAAGAUGGCCAAAAUCAUCAGUUCAUCACUUGACCAGAGUUUUAUGAUUGAGAAAAAUGGAACAACUACAUUAUGGUUAAUGUGAGUGCAGCAAAGAUUAUAAAUAGAUCACAAGGCAUGUUUCCUUGUGGGAAAAGAUGGAAACAGAGGGAAAUAGAAUAUAAAUUAAGAUUACUGUGGCUUUGGGUCUAGAGCUGGCUAGGCUGAAGAUGGGAACAGUAUAGAUGGCACCAACAAGUACUUUUGAACUAAAUGUUUUAUGUAUCACAGGAUAUGCAUCACGUGAUUGUAUGACUUACUUUAGUUCCUUAAGAGUACUGAGCACAGGGCUUUGGGUCCCAGCCACUUAAGUUACAUAGACAAGUAUGGCAUCAAAUGAAGGUUUGGCCUCAUUUCCAGUGCUCACUCAGUUAGUCAAGGUGACAUACAUCAAUUUCACCUGCUAAUUGUUAACCCUCAAUUUCAGAUUUGAUGUGGAUCUGUCCUGUGUUAAAUUAAAAACAAAUGGGAGGUUGAAUGAAUUUUAAUAACUUAUUUUGUGCAAAACUGCCCUUAAUCUAAUUUUGAAUUUCAUUUUUUUUAAGUUCCCAUUGGUUGAUAAGGUUGCAUUUCAGAAGGGCAAGUGAAGGAAAGCAAACUGUGUUGUUUAUCUUAUAUGAAAUACUAUGACUUUUUAAUGUUUUAAAGAUUAUUUUUAGCCUGUUACUUCUAUGUCUACAGAGGGAAAAUGAAGCGAGACUCUGAGGCAGAUACUUGAAUCCUUGGAGCCAAAUAACUGCUAUUUAUUAAAAGAUUCAAAUUUUUCAUUAAAUCAUAGUUACCAGAUCCACUAACAAUAGAACCCAAAACCAGGGGAGAAUUAGUCAGACAUCCACCUUUAGGUUGCUUUUGUAGGCACUGGCUAAAUAGGAAUUCUGGCGAUUUCAAUAAUACAUCAAAAAUGAAAAAUUACUUGCUUAACUUAAAAAGCUCAUGAAUAAGGCCUUCAGAGAGAUGGUAUGAGUAUGUAAUGAAAAAUAUAAAACAUCACUUCCAAAUUAGCUAUAGGAAGGAAAUAGCCUUCUAAAGUUCCUGAACAAUACAUUUCUCUUAGUUGGCGUCUCACAAAUUCUAGAUCCUGUUCUCUGCUGCUGGUUGGCAGCCUAAGGAAGCCAUGUCGUGUCAUGGGUACUGCUCACAGAAGCCUGUGGGAAUCGCAGUGAGCUCAGUUCUCCCUACUGGGAAUUCCAAUGUAUAUUUCUGUCAUUGUGCCAUGUAAACUGAACCAUUGUGGUAAAAUUCUGAAGUUGAUAAUUCAGUAAUUUUAAUGCUGUUUUCACUAAUAAAGAUGUUUUCU